ACUUGAAAUCCUUUAAUAGCGCUGACCAAAUCCAACCUUAUGACUUCGGAGAAGCUUUUGCCACCCGCGAAGCUAUUUGGGGCAUUCAUAGUAUUAAAGAUUUAAUGUUAGAAGUUAAUGAUGUUAAAAAUCAAUUCCAACAAAUUCAGAAUAAAAUUAAUGAGAUUGAAAAUAACACGGAUACCAUGCGAGAAAGUUUUAAUAGCAAUUUGCGUGUUUUACAAAGUAAUAUUGAACGAAUUGGUGGCAGUAGCAGUAGCAAUAUGAGUGAAUUAGUUAGUCGGAUAUCAACUUUAGAAAGUCGUAUUAAUAAUUUAGGAAGUAGUAGUUCCAGUAGUUCGGGUGGUGGAGUUUCAGUUGACGAAUAUAAUGAAAAGAAUUAG